GAAGAAGAAAAGGAAGAAGAAACAGCAGCAGGAGGAGGAGGCGGCGACGAAGAAGAAUGACGAGAAUACUAAACUGAAAAUAGAGGGACGAAGUACACUUUAGUCAACGUUAAAUUAACGCUAUUAACUCAAAACAUUACCUUUGAACAAAGCGGCAUUACAUUUGCUAAACUAUGACAGAGCCUCAGUCUGCGCUGUUACUCAGGAGACAGCUUGCAGAGCUAAACAAAAACCCAGUAGAAGGAUUCUCAGCUGGCCUGAUCGAGGAUAAUGAUCUCUACAGAUGGGAAGUACUGAUCAUCGGGCCUCCAGACACACUGUAUGAAGGCGGUGUGUUUAAAGCUCAUCUGACAUUUCCCAAAGAUUAUCCUCUCAGGCCACCUAAAAUGAAAUUCAUCACAGAUAUUUGGCAUCCUAAUGUUGACAAAAAUGGAGACGUAUGUAUUUCUAUUUUGCACGAGCCUGGGGAGGACAAGUACGGCUAUGAGAAACCAGAGGAGCGCUGGCUGCCGAUCCACACAGUGGAAACCAUCAUGAUUAGUGUUAUCUCUAUGCUGGCUGACCCAAAUGGUGACUCACCAGCCAACGUGGAUGCUGCAAAAGAGUGGAGGGAGGACAGACACGGCGCAUUCAAAAGGAAAGUUGCCCGCUGUGUACGAAAAAGCCAAGAGACUGCGUUUGAGUGAUAUUUAGCAACAAAUCUAGCUUCAUGUUUUAAGGGUAAGUAUUCUUGACUUCACAA